CACACACAACACUAACAUCAUACAUAGAUUCCAACUCACCCCUCCACUAUCAACAGUGGAUACAGUUGAAUUCAAAUCAUGAAACCUAUGACCCAAAUCUUCACUUCAAGAGAGAAAAGAAAAAUUCUCUGUAGAAAUUCAAAACCCAAUUGUCCAAAUUGUCAGGCCCAGCAACAAUAGCGGAGAUUGUAAUCUCAACUUUAAGAAAUUCACUCACAUGUCUCGUCUCUAUCCCUCCUUCUAUUCCACAUGUAGGUUCGGUAUAAAGCAACAGAGCAACACACAGUGCCCCCCAUUCUUUCAACCAAUUAUAUAAACCAUGAUCAUCAUGGAAAAGAAGAAGAGAGAUAAGGCUGUAGAGUUGUAUCAGGAGCCAACUAGCGCCACCUUUGUGUUGACUCCCUUUUUCAUGGUUUUCUUGUUUUCCAUCCACCAAUGUCAAUCACACUCACACCCUUCUGUCUUUCUCUCUCUAAAUCAAUUCUCCUGAUUCCUGAAUUCAUUGAGGUGGACGGUAUGAAAUGAGGCACUCGACUCUAGAAAAUUUUACUGGUCCUUAAGGAAAAGGAAGUAUAUGCAUGUAUAUAUGUAUAUUUCGAUGUAUUUUCUCUCUCUGUCUUAUCUCUUUGUGUUUAUUGCUUCCCAUCCCUUCAUUUAUGUCACACGGAUCCAACCUUUUUCUGAUCUAAUUUAAUUUGUCUUGCACUUUUUGAUGAUUAACCUUAUGGGUUGUGUUUGAACCCUGUUAUUGGAGUAUAAUUGUGUGGCUCGCCAAGUGUUUGUUAAAAUGACACACAGAGUCUUUUGUAUAUUAUGAUCAUCAAAACCUCGUAAAAGUAGAGCAGCUUAGAUUGCUAAUCACUCUUUUGCAUUUCUUUUCCACCCUUUUCCCACUAUGCUUUUCUUCAUAACCCUGUCUCUUUCGAUCUUCAACCAGACCACUCUUUGGCUGUGGCACAGUGAAUUAUUAUUGAUGGCUACAUCCUUCACUUCUAUCAUACUACUUUCCUCCUGUUAAAACCAGACCUCAAUUCCUUUGCUUCUUUACUUAUACCCUUUCUUCUUCUCUCAUUCCUUUAAUCAAACAUGAGGAGUCUUGAUUUUAAUAAACAUUUUUUUCCUCUGUUGAUACUCAUGUCAUCAAUCAUUGUCCUUGUUGAUUCAAUAAACGAAGAGGGUGCUGUGCUUUUGGAGUUCAAACUCUCUCUUUCUGACCCAAAUAACAAUCUCCAUACAUGGAAUCAAUCCGAUUCAUUUCCUUGUAACUGGAUUGGUAUAAACUGUACCAAUGAUCACAAGGUAACAUCUAUAAACCUCAGUAACCUUACUUUAUCAGGCUCCCUAUCACCAACCAUUUGCAAGCUUCCAUUUUUAACCAAGUUAAACAUCUCCAAGAACUUCAUUUCUGGCCCCAUUCCUAAUCUAUCAUCCUGUCAAUCUUUGGAAGUUGUUGACCUCUGCACAAAUCGGUUCCAUGAUGAUUUCCCCACCCAGAUUUCCACAAUUUCCUCCCUUAAAAUCCUCUCAUUGUGUGAAAAUUACAUCAGUGGUGUAAUCCCUGAAGACAUUGGGAACCUGACUUCAUUGGAAGAGCUUGUUGUUUACAGUAACAAUCUCACUGGAAUAAUCCCCAAAUCCAUUGGUAGAUUGAAGCAACUUAAAAUUAUCAGGGCAGGUGUAAACUCUUUAUCAGGUCCUAUCCCCAUUGAGAUCAGCGAAUGUGAAAGCUUGCAGGUUUUUGGGUUAGCCCAAAACAAUCUAGAAGGUUCGAUUCCUAGAGAGCUUCAAAACCUCAAGAAUCUGACAAGUUUAGUCCUUUGGCAAAAUCGUUUAUCUGGUGAAAUCCCUCACGAAAUAGGGAACUUCAGUCGUCUGGAAUUGCUUGCACUUCAUGCAAACUCUUUCACUGGAAGCAUUCCAAAAGAAAUCGGUAAGCUAACACAACUUAUGAGGCUGUAUCUAUACACAAACCAAUUAAAUGGUUCGAUUCCUGAAGAACUCGGGAAUUGUGUAAAGUUAGUUGAAAUCGAUCUUUCUGAAAACCGUUUAUCUGGGGGAAUCCCAAAAGGGCUUGGAAACAUCAAAAACCUCCGUUUACUUCAUCUUUUUGAAAACCUUUUUGUGGGCGAAAUCCCAAAUGAGCUUUCACAUUUGAAAGCGCUCAAAAAGCUUGACCUUUCGAUAAACAAUCUGACAGGGGAAAUCCCUUUAGGGUUUCAAAACAUUUUCUUGGAAAGUCUUCAGCUUUUUGAUAACCAUCUUGAGGGAAGCAUUCCUCCAUUGAUAGGAGCUAAUAGUAACCUCACAGUUCUUGACAUAUCAAUGAACAACCUUGUGGGAAUCAUCCCUCCACAUCUUUGUAAUUCUCAGAAACUAAUGUUUCUAAGUUUGGGAUCAAAUAAGUUGUCUGGAAACAUUCCACAUGGUUUAAAAUCAUGCAAAUCUUUAAUCCAGUUGAUGUUAGGAGACAAUUUGUUAACAGGUAGCCUCCCUCUUGAAUUCUCAAAUCUUUAUAACCUUUCAGCCAUUGAACUCCAUCAAAACCAUUUCACAGGUACUUUACCUCCAGAAAUAGGCCAACUACAAAACCUGAAACGCCUUCACUUGUCUGAUAAUUACUUUUUUGGCCACAUUCCUUCUGAAAUCGGGAAUUUAUCACAGCUUGUUACAUUCAAUGUCUCAUCUAAUCAUCUUUUUGGAGACAUUCCUCAUGAGCUCAUGAACUGUGUAAAUCUUCAAAGACUUGACCUUAGUAGAAACUGGUUCACAGGACAUGUCCCUUUUGAAAUUGGCAAUUUGGUAAAUCUUGAAUUGUUAAAGCUUUCUGAUAACAAAAUGAAUGGACCAAUACCAAAUUCAUUAGGGAAGCUUUCACGUCUUACCGAAUUACAAAUGGGUGGAAAUUAUUUUUCCGGAAAUGUCCCUUUUGAACUUGGUCAACUCAUGGCUCUUCAGAUUUCUUUGAAUAUCAGUCAUAACUCACUUUCGGGAACAAUACCUCAGAAUCUUGGAAACUUGUUGAUGUUGGAAUCGUUGUACUUAAAUGACAAUUUACUUGUUGGAGAGAUUCCUUCAUCAAUUGGUCAAUUAGUAAGCUUGUUAGUCUGCAAUCUUUCUAACAAUGGCUUAUAUGGAACAGUUCCAAACACACCCGUUUUUAAAAAGAUGGAUUCUAGCAACUUUGUUGGAAACAAAGGGCUAUGUGUUUUGGGUUCAAAUCAGUGUCACCCACCUUCAAAUUCAAGAUCCAAUCAAGAUUCUGGUUAUGGGGUUUCAAAAGAGAAAGUAGUGAGUAUUGUUUCUGGUGUUGUAGGGUUUUUCUCUUUGAUCUUUGCAAUGGGUGUUUGUUGGGCUAUAAAGAACCGAAAACCAGUGUGUGUGUCACUUGAAGAAGAACAUAUGAAGCCUUAUGUGUUGGACAAUUACUACUUCCCAAAAGUAGGGUUUCGAUAUCAAGAUCUUGUUGAAGCUACUCAUAACUUUUCAGACGAUGUUGUGAUCGGAAAAGGAGCUUGUGGGGUGGUGUACAAGGCGGUGAUGGGUGAUGGUGAGGUGGUGGCGGUGAAAAAGUUGAAGUCUGGUGGAGGAGGAGCCACCAUUGUUGAUCAGAGCUUUUUAGCUGAGAUAUCAACUCUUGGAAAAAUCCGGCAUAAGAAUAUUGUGAAACUUUAUGGUUUUUGUUAUCAUCAAGAAUCCAAUCUUUUGUUAUAUGAGUAUAUGGAAAACGGGAGUUUAGGGGAACUACUUCAUGGAAACAAGAAUGGUAGAUUUCUUGAUUGGAAUGAUAGAUACAAGAUUGCCCAUGGAGCAGCUGAAGGUUUAUGCUAUCUUCACUAUGAUUGUAGGCCCCACAUCAUUCAUCGCGAUAUAAAGUCAAACAACAUUUUGUUAGACAAAAUGCUUCAACCUCAUGUGGGGGAUUUCGGUUUGGCAAAAUUGAUGGAUUUCACAUGUUCCAAAUCCAUGUCAGCUGUUGCUGGUUCAUACGGAUACAUUGCCCCAGAAUACGCGUAUACAAUGAAAGUAACAGAAAAGUGCGAUAUCUACAGCUUUGGAGUGGUGUUGUUGGAGCUUGUGACAGGGAAGCCACCGGUUCAACCGGUUGACCAGGGAGGUGAUCUUGUGACAUGGGUCAGAAGGUCAAUCCAUGGAAUGGUUCCCAUUUCUGAUUUAUACGACAAAAGAUUAGAUUUGAGUUGUAAAAAAACAACAAAUGAAAUGUCACUUUUUUUAAGGAUAGCCGUCUUUUGCACUAGUCCAUCUCCUCUCAAUAGGCCUACAAUGAGGGAAGUUGUAGCAAUGAUGAUUGAUGCUAGAGUAAAUACACCUUCAUCUCCUUCAUCAGAAACACCUCUAGAUAACGAUUCUAAUAAUUCUUGCAAAGAGUAUGUGGAGCAAGAUGAAAUUAGCACUAGUCCAUGGAAGUCGGGUUGACUUUGAUCAUGGAAGGUCAGACUACCUUUGUAUCAUUCUUAUUGUACAAAAAGGAAAAAGAACAAAGAACAUUGAUUAUACUUUCUAGCUAGAAUCCAUAUUAUAAUGAUCAAGUUCCAAGUUCCAACCUUUGUUUUUGGAAUUUGUUUAUAUAUACCGAUUUGUGAUUCGGUGAACUUGAAGUAGAAGUUGGAGAAAUGGAGGUUAGACAGGUAGGUUGUAUGCUUAAUAGUUUGAAAUAAACUUCAGCUUUCUCAUUAAUGUCUUUUUGUGGGAAUCAAUAAUUAUUAAAUUUCAAUAUUGAUUAUAAUUCAGAAUUUGUAAGGUAGGUAUAAUUUGUUGUAAUCAACAAGGAAUUAUGUGGAAAAAAGGGGAUGGUUGGUGCAUAGUGAGUUGCAACUUGACGUUUAUAACAUUGUGUAUUUGUGUUAGGUAAGAAAUUGGAGAGUUUGGGUUAUUUUAA